UUCCUGUUAGAUUCCAAAGCAAAAUUCAACCUUGGCCUGGCUCGUAUUUAAAGCUGCAGAAUUCGCUAGGUUCUGGCUUUUUGCAAAACCCAUCCUUCCAGGUUUUCUUUUAAGUGCGGUGAAUUUGAGGGAACCCUCGUGUCUCGGAACAAAGCAUCGCCCUGCUGGAUCCACCUAUUCCCACUUGGGAGUAAGUAGGGCAGAAGAUGGCAGCAUGAAAGGAAUCUCCCAGGAGAUGCGGAAUAAGCUGCCAAGAUCGGCCGCGUUAGUGCUGACACGCGCCAGACAAAGGAGCCCGGAUUCUAUAAAUGAGGCGGCAGGCUGGGAUUGGCGUUUGGCUGGAUUGUCAGGAGAGGAGCUGUGGCGAUUUGAAGGUGAGAGAGCCGGGGCUGCGAGCAGGAGAGGCUUGCCGACUUCAACGGCUGUGAAUAUUGCUCUAGAACCAGCUUGUGCUGUUUGGAAAAGUUCUUCCAGUCUUAAGAAUGACCAGAAAGAUCUUCACCAACAGCAGGGAGAGGUGGAGGCAACAGAAUGUCAACAGUGCCUUUGCCAAGCUGAGAAAGCUGAUUCCCACCCAUCCUCCUGACAAAAAGUUGAGCAAGAAUGAGACUCUUCGCUUAGCCAUGAGGUACAUCAACUUCCUUGUCAAGGUCCUUGGGGAGCAAGGGCUGCAGCAGAGAGGCACGAAUCCACGAGACAGGAUCCUCGGCCUCUUCCAGCAGAAUCCACAUUUGGAACGCAUGGAAGAACUGACUCUCCUUGAAGACUCUGAGGCCUCUUCUCCCAACACAACCAGCAACAUCCCAGAAUGCUGGUCAGAGACAUCAUCUCCAUAAUCAGUCAGGGUAAUCAUCCUGAUUGCAAUUUGAUAGUUCUCCUUGAUAUUGGUUGUGGUAGUUGUUUGCUUCUAUACAGUAUUUAUUUAUUUAUUUAUUUGGUCUGUCUUGGUCUUUUUAAACUCAAAUGUAUUUUAUGUAAUCAUUUCCUAGGAAGCAUGUGGCUUUCAGUAAUUAAAAAGACUUCCAGCAACCUAGCCUGCUUAAAAAGGGCUUUGAUUUUGAGUGCAAGGGAUUUUGACCUGGCCCACAGAAGGUCACCAAUGGACUCUUUGCCUUUACUCUUUGCACACCAGUGAAAACUGCCAGGGCCAGUAGCUUGUGGCUAAGUGACACUGCAAGUUUAGAACAGCUGGCUAGGAAUUCUGGGAACUUCCGUUCCAGCUGAUUUGGCUGCUGGAUUGACAAAGGUUAAUCUAAGUCAAACAGGUUCUGCAAUUGUGCAUCUCCUCCUGUGGUAGAAUGUAUCCUUUUCCACUUCCUGUAGAGGAGAUCAUUUCCUACCUUCUAACUGGUUCUGCUGAUAGCAUCUGCAAAAAAUAAUUGCUCUGGAGCCAAGGCUACUCAUUUUUAAAAACCCUUUCCUUUAAGAUACUGUACAUAAAUAUCAAAGUUAGUUGAGCACCACUAAGGGUCCUUCUCUUCUCCUUUGCCGCAACACCUAGUUCAGUGCAAUCUUCAUGCUAAAGUAAGUGCAUCUUGUUUACUAUUUUUCCUCCAGUGUAUGUCAGAUCCUGAGCUAGAAAAAAAUCUAACCAAACCAAAAUGCAUAGUGAAUAUAUGUGAGUAGGUAGGAAUGGAUUGUGCCCACUAUGCCUGAUCAAAUAUAACCAACAGUGGAUUUUUCAGCCGCUUUCUGAAAUAUUCAAAGAUGCCUAUCUUAAAAAUUGUGGAUUUAAAUAUGAUUAUUUCAACUGGAUUUAUACAUGUGAGGAAAAAACCUUAAGUUUGGCUGUAAUUAGACUGUCCACAACAUUUGCACUGAAAAUAGGUAAAAAUAAUUAAAUAAUUUCUAAAGCUAAAGCACAGUUUAAUAGGAAACCGUUUCAUUGCUUAGUGGCAUUUUAUCAAUCAUAGGUGCUAUUUAAUUGUCUUUAAAAUGAAAACAGGAUCACAUGCACCACUUUAUUCUUGAUACCAAUGUUUAUUGAAAACACUGUUUUCCAGAAACUUGUUAUCCAGAGCAACUUUUUAUAUGAAAUAAAAAUGCAAGCGCAGUUCCAUCCCCAACUAGAUGUCAAUGUAGUUGUUGAAUUGGUACUUUAUUAAAAAGUUGGUCUGCAGAACCUGAGAGGAUGGGAUGUGUCUUUUGGCCAGACGAGAAAAAGGUUUACUUUGGAGGUGAUUAAGUACACUCCAAUUCAAACUGGAAAUGAAGCAGGGCAGGGACAAGAUGCUUGAGUGAUCAUUUUUUUCCCCCCAAAUGUAAUUCCAACUUCACUCCUACAUCCAUUAAAAAAAAAAAGACUGAAAAUCAGGAGGAGUCUGACAGCACCUUCUCCGACUAAAACAUUUUAUUAAAAGGCAUAAGCUAAUAUUUUUGGUUGCCAGAGACCGACGGCUUUCCUCCUACAAUGUUUUUAAGAGUAUGGGUUUACUAUUUAUGGGGGAUCCCACUCUACCUAGCCUUCUGUACAAAUUCUCCCAUAACUGGGUAUCCUUCAGACACUUAAUUCUCAUCAGUGGAGGCAGCUGCUUCUAAGUUUCUAAUUUUUUUAAUGAUUUCAUGUUUAAAAGCUACAGGUCUCCUUGAGUUACAAACCACUAUUUGAACCCUACAACUAGCCACCCAUAUUAUCUUCUCAGUUAAAGAACAAAGCAAAACCUUUAUAUGGGGGCAGAAACUGUGGCCUGUGUGUUUCUAGCUAUGCUGGUUUUUAUUUUAUCCUCUCCAAUUUCUUUCACUGGCUACUACAACUCUGAGAUUUAUUGCCGCUGUCAGGGGCCUCUACCUUUUAUGUAUACCUCAUAAACGUUCCAGAGUUGAGAGGUGAAGCUCAGUGCUUCUAGAGGGCAGCAGAUGGGGCAAAAUUGCUUAUAAAGUGGCCUAAAACCUGUUGAUAAUAAACAUUCCGCCCCUUGGCUUGUUUCCUUCAUCUGUCUGUCAAGAUUUUAUUUUUUCAUUGGCCCACUUGCUUUAUGACUAUUUGCAGAUAUUAAAAGCUACUUGGAUAUAUGUGCAUAUGUCUCAAUAAAGGCUUGUAUAUUGAAUCGUACUUUGUUUUCAUAGGUGGCAUGCCAAUUAAUGAAUUAAACUUCAGCUAAUUAAAAAUUGCUCCUAAUACAUUUUAGCACGUAUAUUCUCAGUCAUAAACGUCUUCAAUCCUCCUAUAUUAGUUUUGUUAAAGAAUAUGCUUUGAGGGGUGGGAAGUAACAGGCAAGGUAAGGUUUAGCCUAGGACUAAAUUUACAGAGGUAACAAUUCCUUUGUUAUACCAAUUCAGACUGUUCUACCUCACCAGUAUUGUUGUUACUGCAUUCCAGCUGAGCCAAAUGAGUUUAAUUUAGUUUAUUAAAAAGGUCGUAUACUGAACAUACAGAAAUGAACAAAUACAUUACUGUGCACCCAGUUAAUAAAAGGGAAAAAAACUAUUCAUGCCUGCACAAGAUACACCUGGAAAAACAAAUCCAAAAAAAUUCUGAUUGACAUAGCGAUGUUACAAUAUUUGACUAUAAUUGUGGAAACUUCCCAAUCCUGGUCGUUAGUAGGUAGUGCAAGAUUGCCAUAUGAAAGCUGUCUGAAUAGUUUGUAAUGAAAGUGGAGAUUAACUCUGCCUUCCAAAAAUGAUAGGGCAUUUCAGAAGCUGAGAUUAGACUGACACGAGAUAGGUUAGCUUUACCCUACGGAUGAAGUGUUACUCUAGUAGUCCUGCUCAGUACAGUAUGAGAGGAGCUGCUGGUUCAGACCUUUGGUGUAUAUGCUUGGCUGAGGAGGCAGUGGGGCAAAGCUACCACCUGUAAGAUGGUGGCUGAACACCAAAUGAAAGAUGCAGUCCCAAAUGUUGGGUGAUCACCAAGUUGUGAAGGUUCUUCUAAAAUACACUGUAGGGCUAA